GUCCGCCGCGAGGAAAGGGCACCCACUCGGUCUCCACGCCCGGACCCCCGUGGAGCCGUCCUAGCCACUGCCUCGCCGAGUGUGCAGCUGAGCUCCGUUUAGGCAGAAUCAGCGAGCGCCGCGCCCGGGCAUUGCCAGUCCCGGGGAGGCGCCGCCCGCAAGGACACCUCUCCGUCCCGCCUCGUCCGCAACUCUGGUCCUCGCCGAGCUCGACGCGAGCCAGGAGUCUGGACGUCCCUCUGCGCGCAGCGCAACAGCCCGAGCAGUCCCUGUUGCCCCAGCUCGGAGCCAACACCAUCUCGGACCUGGGACCCCGGACGCGGAUUCUCAGCCACUUCUCACCUCGGGGCUGUUCCUGCCUCUCCACUCGCCCUCCUGCUGCCUCCUUCUCCGCUCAGGACGGGGGUGCCAAGAUGCCCAGCUGCUGCGCAGGGCCCCGGGCCUCCCCCGACGUGUGACCCCAGCCUGGUCCCCCUGCUCGGCCGUCCGCCCUCCCCUUGGAGACCCCCGGCCCGGCCCCCGGGGGAGGAGGAAGAAGACGACGAGGCUGAGGGGGGGAUGUCCGGCCCCAAAAGCGUGAGCCCUCCGGGCUACGCGGCGCAGACAGCGGCGGCGCCGGCUUCCCGGGGAGGCCCGGAACACCGCUCCGCGUGGGGGGAGGCCAAUUCCCGCGCCAAUGGCUAUCCCCACGCUCCUGGGGGUUCUGCCCGCGGCUCCACCAAGAAACCCGGGGGGGCGGUGACCCAUCAGCAGCAGCAGCGCUUGGCCAGCCGCUGGCGCGGCGACGACGACGACGAACCUCCGCUGGGCGGCGACGACCCUCUGGCCGGGGGCUUCGGCUUCAGCUUCCGCUCCAAGUCGGCCUGGCAGGAGCGUGGCGGCGACGACUGUGGCCGCGGCAGCCGCCGGCAGCGGCGGGGUGCGGCCGGCGGGGGCAGCACCCGGGCGCCCCCUGCGGGUGGCGGCGGCGGCUCAGCGGCGGCCGCCGCAGCCGGCGGGACCGAGGUGCGCCCGCGCUCUGUGGAGCUGGGCCUGGAAGAGCGGCGGGGCAAGGGCUGCGCGGCCGACGAGCUGGAGGCCGGCGCCGUCGAGGGCGACGAGAGGUCCGGGGAUGGUGGCAGUUCGGCAGGCUCGGGUGCGGGGCCCGGCGCGGUGCUGUCGCUGGGUGCCUGCUGCCUGGCGCUGCUGCAGAUAUUCCGCUCCAAGAAGUUCCCGUCGGACAAACUGGAACGGCUGUACCAGCGCUACUUCUUCCGUCUGAACCAGAGCAGCCUCACUAUGCUCAUGGCCGUGCUGGUGCUCGUGUGCCUCGUCAUGCUGGCCUUCCACGCUGCGCGGCCGCCACUCCAGCUGCCCUACCUGGCCGUGCUGGCGGCCGCUGUGGGCGUGAUCCUCCUCAUGGCCGUGCUCUGCAACCGCGCUGCUUUCCACCAGGACCACAUGGGCCUCGCCUGCUAUGCACUCAUCGCCGUGGUGCUGGCCGUCCAGGUAGUGGGCCUGCUGCUGCCCCAGCCGCGCAGCGCCUCCGAGGGCAUCUGGUGGACCGUGUUCUUCAUCUACACCAUCUACACACUGCUGCCCGUGCGCAUGCGGGCCGCGGUCCUCAGCGGGGUGCUCCUGUCUGCCCUCCACCUGGCUAUUGCUCUGCGCACCAACGCCCAGGACCAGUUCCUGCUCAAGCAGCUUGUCUCCAAUGUCCUCAUUUUCUCCUGCACCAACAUUGUGGGUGUCUGCACCCACUACCCGGCGGAGGUCUCCCAGAGACAGGCCUUCCAGGAGACCCGGGAGUGCAUCCAGGCGAGACUCCACUCACAGCGGGAGAACCAGCAGCAGGAGCGGCUCCUGCUGUCUGUCCUGCCCCGUCACGUUGCCAUGGAGAUGAAAGCCGACAUCAACGCCAAGCAGGAGGAUAUGAUGUUCCAUAAGAUUUACAUCCAGAAACAUGACAACGUGAGCAUCCUGUUUGCUGACAUCGAGGGCUUCACUAGCCUGGCAUCCCAGUGCACUGCCCAGGAGCUGGUCAUGACCCUCAACGAGCUCUUUGCCCGCUUCGACAAGCUGGCUGCGGAGAAUCACUGUUUACGUAUUAAGAUCCUGGGGGAUUGUUAUUACUGCGUCUCAGGGCUGCCGGAAGCGAGGGCCGACCACGCCCAUUGCUGUGUGGAGAUGGGCAUGGACAUGAUUGAGGCCAUCUCGUUGGUCCGGGAGGUGACAGGGGUGAACGUGAACAUGCGCGUGGGAAUUCACAGCGGGCGAGUACACUGCGGUGUCCUUGGUCUCAGGAAGUGGCAAUUCGACGUCUGGUCCAAUGACGUCACGCUGGCCAACCACAUGGAGGCUGGAGGCAAGGCAGGACGCAUCCACAUCACCAAGGCCACGCUCAACUACCUGAAUGGCGACUACGAGGUGGAGCCAGGCUGCGGGGGCGAGCGCAACGCCUACCUCAAGGAGCACAGUAUUGAGACCUUCCUCGUCCUGAGCUGCACCCAGAAGCGGAAAGAAGAGAAGGCCAUGAUUGCCAAGAUGAAUCGCCAGAGAACCAACUCCAUUGGGCACAACCCUCCACACUGGGGAGCUGAGCGCCCCUUCUACAACCACCUGGGCGGCAACCAGGUGUCCAAGGAGAUGAAGCGGAUGGGUUUUGAAGACCCUAAAGACAAGAAUGCCCAGGAAAGUGCCAACCCAGAGGAUGAAGUGGACGAGUUUCUGGGCCGUGCCAUUGACGCCAGGAGCAUCGACAGGCUGCGGUCUGAGCACGUCCGCAAGUUCCUCUUGACCUUCAGGGAGCCUGACUUAGAGAAGAAGUAUUCCAAGCAGGUGGAUGACCGACUCGGUGCCUACGUGGCGUGUGCCUCACUCGUCUUCCUCUUCAUCAGCUUUGUCCAGAUCACCAUUGUGCCCCACUCUGUGUUCAUGUUGAGUUUCUACCUGACCUGUUUCCUGCUGCUGACCUUGGUGGUAUUUGUAUCCAUGAUCUACUCCUGUGUGAAGGUGACAGAAGAGGGGGCACAGCCCACCUGCCUGCCUGCACUGGCCAUUCUCUUCCCAGCCCCACUGCAGACGCUCUCCAGGAAGAUUGUGCGGUCCAGGAUGAACAGCACCCUGGUCGGGGUGCUCACUAUCACCCUGGUGUUCCUGUCGGCUUUUGUCAACAUGUUCAUGUGCAACUCCAAUGACCUGUUCGGCUGCCUGGCGGAGGAGCACAACAUCAGUGCCAGCCAGGUCAAUGCGUGCCACGUGGUGGAGUCGGCCGCCAACUACAGCCUGGGUGAUGAGCGGGGCUUCUGCAGCAGCUCCUGGCCCAACUGCAGCUUCCCCGAGUACUUCACCUACAGCGUGCUGCUCAGCCUGCUGGCCUGCUCCGUGUUCCUGCAGAUCAGCUGCAUUGGGAAGCUGGUGCUCAUGCUGGCCAUCGAGCUCAUAUAUGUGCUCAUUGUCGAGGUGCCCGGUGUCACGCUCUUUGACAAUGCUGACCUGCUGGUCACCGCCAACGCCAUAGACUUCAACAACAACGGGACCUCCCAGUGCCCUGAGCACGCGACUAAGGUGGCGCUGAAGGUAGUGACACCCAUCAUCAUCUCAGUCUUUGUGCUGGCCCUGUACCUGCACGCCCAGCAGGUGGAGUCCACCGCCCGCCUCGACUUCCUCUGGAAACUUCAGGCCACGGAGGAGAAGGAGGAGAUGGAGGAGCUGCAGGCCUACAACCGGCGGCUGCUGCACAACAUCCUGCCCAAGGACGUGGCCGCCCACUUCCUGGCCCGCGAGAGGCGCAACGACGAGCUCUACUAUCAGUCGUGUGAGUGCGUGGCCGUCAUGUUCGCCUCCAUCGCAAACUUCUCCGAGUUCUACGUGGAGCUGGAGGCCAACAACGAGGGCGUUGAGUGCCUGCGGCUGCUCAACGAGAUCAUCGCCGACUUUGAUGAGAUCAUCAGUGAGGAUCGGUUCAGGCAGCUGGAAAAGAUCAAGACCAUUGGCAGCACCUACAUGGCUGCCUCAGGCCUCAACGACUCCACCUACGACAAGGUGGGCAAGACGCACAUCAAAGCGCUGGCCGACUUCGCCAUGAAGCUGAUGGACCAAAUGAAGUACAUCAAUGAGCACUCCUUCAACAACUUCCAGAUGAAGAUCGGGCUCAAUAUUGGCCCAGUGGUGGCCGGGGUGAUCGGGGCUCGCAAGCCUCAGUACGACAUCUGGGGCAAUACAGUGAACGUGGCCAGCCGCAUGGACAGCACCGGCGUGCCCGACCGCAUCCAGGUCACCACAGACAUGUACCAGGUUCUGGCUGCCAACACAUACCAGCUGGAGUGCAGGGGUGUGGUCAAGGUCAAGGGCAAAGGCGAGAUGAUGACCUACUUCCUCAAUGGAGGGCCCCCGCUAAGUUAGCAGCUGCCAGCAACGAUGCCAGGCAGCGUGGCCCUCCAGAGGAAUGGAAAUGGCUUCUUUGUGUGCCGGCCAGGCAGGUGGAAGCCUGCGCUCCAGCCCACAUGGCUGCACUGGUGAGAUUUUCCGCUUUGACUCCAGAAGCAGCUUCUUGCCUUUGGGGCGGGCAGCGGCCUCCGUCCCAGGCCCCAGGGUGCCAGCGUCCUGCCAGCACCAAGCUGACCAAAGAUGCUUCCCCCUGUAGCAGACUCUGCAAGAUGCGAUCUGAAUCCUGAGUUUUUGAACAGGUGCUGCUGCACGGGUGGCAAGGAGCUGCCGAGUGUCUCCCGGUGUGCGGCAGCCCAGCGCACCACAGCUGGGCUGAGGGAGAGGCCUCGGCGCCACGCCAGCCCGGAACCCAGGACCCUGAGGGGUCUGCUUUUCUAUGUGAGCCUUUAACUUCAGACAGAGGCGGAGGGCCCUGCUCUGCGGAGGGGCUUUUGGGCAGAAGUGCUGGCUUUUGGAGGGACUUUAAGUGGCCUUCCUCAGGGUCCUCCUCCUCCACCCCACAAUGCCCCUUUGAGAGGGACAGAACUAAUUCGAGGGGAGGCGAGAGGACUUGGAGCAAGGAGUGGUGGUUCUGAGAAAAAGAAAAUAUUUAUUAAAUAAAACAAGUUUCUGUGCCCUUCUUUAGACUAUGCUAGUUGUAUGCGUGUAAGAGACCCGCAAGCAAACGAGGAUGCCACUGGGGAGGGGGGUGGGGAUUCCAACUUGUCUUUUUUGUAUUUUUAUUUUGUAUUAUUGAAAACCUUGGAGAGCUAACAAAUAUACCAAAUUCUAUAUUUUGUAAAUUCUCUAUAUUAGAAAACAGCUGUGUACAGCGGGGUGUUUGUGCUCAUUUGUACUGUACGUUAUGUCCGCGUGUGCACCAGUGUGUGUGUGUUUAUGCUGUGGAACUGGUCUCAGACAAGACACCUGUUUCCCUCCCUUCAGAUUUGGCAGUUUUGUUUUUCCCAGGUCCAGCCAGAGCAGUGAGCAUGUCUUUUUGGGUUCAGAUUAAGUAGGAAGAUGCAUGUACACAUUACCCCACCUCUCUAACACACACACACACACACACACACACACACACACACAGAAUCACAUCCCGUAAGUAACACACACACACACACACACACACACACACACACACACACACACACACAGAAUCACAUCCCGUAAGUAACACACACACACACACACACACACACAGAAUCACAUCCCGUAAGUAAAAUGCAAAUAUAAUGAAAACAAAAAGCUUCCUUCCCACCUCAGGCCAAGGUGGGAACAAGGGAAGCAGCCUUGGCCUGUGGCAGAGCACAUGGCGGCCACCAUGCACCCGUCCCCUCCUUGCGAUGGCAGCCGAGGAGAGGCAGCUCUUGCAGCUCAGAGAGGUCAGCGGAUGGCCCCAGCUCGGGCGGGGGUGAGGGGCUGCGCCUGGCUGGCCUUCCAGGUGGCCGAGGGGCAGGUGGCUCUCUCCUGAGAUGAUCCCUUAGCCUUGGGGAUGUAAUGUGCGGUGUUUAGGUCCAGGGAAGUGUGGUGGCCUUGCCCCCCACCUGUAAACCAGAAGAAAGGGUAGAGCCUAGCUUCCCAGGGUAAAACUAGCAGAAAUUUUGUCUGGUUUUUGUUUUCUUGGGAGGCGGCGGUUAAUGCCGUUUUUAUACCCUGUGAGGGAGGCAUCUGGAAAAGGACAUACUAUCACAGAGAUGCCCUCAAGCAGAGUCCUUGGACAUGUGCCCCAGACCUUUGCAUUGCUUCUCAGGGCAGAACUAUUCUCACCUCCAGCACGAGCUUGGAGGUGGGGAGGCAGCUGUGUAACAGCUCCAAAAUGCUACUUGGACCCCCACCUACCACCUCUCACUGGACACUAGCCCUGGCCUCCCCUUUCCACACACCAACUCCCACCCCAAUUUGAACACAGCUCUGAGAAGUAAAACUUUUUUUCCUGGAUCGAAAACUGCCAGCCUGAGUCUGUCCACGCUUUUGCUGCUCCAUCCUUUGAGUUCUGCAUCACCCCUCUUGCAUCUAUUGCAGGGGGCUAGCUUUCUCCGUGGUCCUGUUCUCAAGUCCCUACCCCUCCAUAUUGUCCGCCAGUGGUGCUGGGUUUUCAUUUUGCUUCCAGCCUGAGUACUGUCUGUGUGCUGAGGAACCCCCACCCCACCCCAUUCCCUCUGUUGGCCAUUGCCUCUCUGGCCUCGAGGGGGCCCGUCCUCCCCAUCCCAGCAGUGACUGGUGGCCACUUGCAGUGCUAGCUCUUCAUUCCCUCCAAGGGGUGUGCACUCUUUUUAUUCCUGCUCUUGCAAAAAACAGAUACGAUUAUGAUUUCCCAUGGAAAUUGAAAAGUCUAUUUAAAUAAUUUAACUAUUAAACACUUUCACUGGU